CAGUGGGCACCCCCCUUUCGAUUCGGGACGGAUGAUUUGUUGAGUUACAUUCUCCUUCAUGACAAGCUCCUGGAGUUUGACAUGGAGGGCUUUGAUGAUGAUGAUGAUGAUGAUGGAGAGGAGGGUGUCUUUAUUGGCGGACACGUCAACCAAGUCGGAACCCGGCAAGAUAUUUUGCUGAGUCAAGAGCUGCUGGAAGUCGUGCUGGACGCUGCCUCGGACGCUCUCAUGGCAGUUGACAUUAAUCCUAUCGCUGUUGACAUUGGAUUCUUUGAUCCGAACUCGAUUGGCUUUAGUAAUCGAUGGGCACUCUUUCGAGACUACAAGACUGUGGUGCUCCGGCAUUGUGCCAAGAACGUUGUGCAGCAAAUGGGCUGUCAGUUGGCUGGACUCGAUGUUGUCGCGGAAUCGCUCUGUGAUGUUGGACAGCUCUUUUGGGGGAUUGUGGCAUAGAGCAGGCAAGCAAAAAACACGCACAUCUCUGGUGCAUGGUUGGACGAUUGGAUGUCUCCGAAAGGUUCUGUUACGGAGCAUCAAGCCGGCCGUGGCCUUCUUCUGUGGCUCGAGUUGGUCAGGUCAGGAGAAGAGAUUGCCUGAUCUCAUUGCCCAUGGAUUUUGCAAUGAAGAAGGCCGACCACGCCACAGCAGUUUCCCCCAAGCGGCCAACGUUUUAAAGCGGGCAGAGCAGUUCGCACCGGUCAACCAACCAACUCAUUCAACCAACAAUUCGAAAUGGCGAAUCCAGUGCCAUGUAAGCGAAGGGUAGAAUAGUCAGCGCCAAGCCUCCGAUGAUCUGAGUCACGUUAGGUUGGAAAACCUUGAGAGAGGCUUUCGAAGGCUUCAAGCUACCUGUAGCAGAGCAUCGUACCGGUGCAACCGGUGCACUAUGAAAAUUGCAGAAAAGAGAUGAUGGCGACAUGCACCCGCUUAAUUACGGGCAACACUCGGUCUGCUGCAACCUUGAGCCUUUGAUUCCUCACUAAAGGAGAGCCACCGUGCUGAUCUUCAGUUCAGUUCAGAGCAAUGUGAUGUCGACUUCGUGCUCAAAUGGAGUUUUUUUGGCAACAUCUUGCAGGCCUACCACUCGUUCUUUCCGUCUCAGGCGUUACUACUAUAGCCAGAUAGACAUCAUUGGCAUUCCUGGUAGCUGUUUUUCAAUGCAUGAUAGCUGUCUCUGUUUAGUAGCUUCUGGAAUACAUACCACUUUGGUACGAACUCAAAAAAAAGUCCCGAGAAGUUGGAAGAAAACUUGUUUUGGCUGGCUCGUAAUUCCUAUCAGCAUCCCCAUCCCCCGGCCCCUUCCUUGGUCACUUGAGAACCUAUGAAAACGUAAAUAGCUG